GGCACGAUGAGCUCGCACGCCUCGUCGUCGUCCGCCUCGGGCGAGUACGCCCAGAAGCUCGCGUCCCUCCACGCCCGCAUCCUCAAGGAGCGCAAGAUCCUCGAAGGGUUCCAGGCCAUGCGCGCCGCGACCGCCAACCAGGACGUCAUCCGCACGUGCGACGCCAAGAUCCGCGACGCGCAGCGCACGAUCGGUUGGUUCGAGGACUCGAUCCGGCAGCUCGAGGACCGCGGCGCUCAGCAGCAGCAGCAGCCUCGCGCACCGGCUCCCGGCCAGGGCUACGGCCAGGGCCAGGGCCAGGGCGGGCGCCAGUCGUUUGACGACCCGCGCCAGCAGCGCAUGCCGCCGUCGGGCGCGGCGGCGUCGUACGCGAGCGCUCCUCCUCCCGGCGCCGCGCCGAGCUACGUCCAGCCCCAGGCGUACGGCGCGGCAGGCCCGCACGGCCGCAUCGAGGCGAGGGACGCCGUCGUGCCGGCCGGGCCGGGAGGAGCCAUGAUCUUCGGCGGGCAGAAGGCGCGCGACCAGUUCACCAACCUCGACCUGAUCAAGUCGGACACGCCGCUCACGACGGCCAAGAUCUCGCGCAUGCUCCACCAGCUCGAGUUCAAGUUGCACGUCGAGCGCCAGUACAAGGAGGGCAUCGACAAGAUGGCCAAGCUCUACUUGGUCGACGGCGACAAGAAGGCUCGGGCCGACACCGAGAACAAGCGCGUCGAGUCGAAGCAGAAGAUGGUCCUCCUCAACCAGGCGCUCAAGAAGUACAAGGCGCUCGACGUCAUGGGCGAGCUCGGCGAGGAGGAGGACAGCAUCCCCGAGGACGUCAAGUCGAACCUGCGCCGGCCGCUGUCGGGCGCGCUCCAGAUCACGAUCAAGCAGGCGCGCGAGCUCGCGCACGCGCCGCAGCCCAAGAAGAGCAAGCACCCGUCCGAGACGAUUAUCUACGUCAAGGUCGAGGACACGCCUCGCGCGCGCACGCACCCGGCCCGCCACGACCGGUGGAACGAGGACUUCGAGAUCCACGUCGACAAGGCCAACGAGUGCGAGGUCACCAUCUACGACAAGGUGCCCGGCGAGGGCGCGCCCGUCCCGAUCGGCAUGCUGUGGCUCCGCCUGAGCGACAUCGUCGAGGAGCUGCGCCGCAAGAAGAUGGGCGCCGAGGCCGGCCCCGGGUGGGUCACGGCGGCGAGGGUCGCCCAGGGCCAGGGCAGCGGCGGGAGCGGGACCCUCCUCCCCGGCGGCGCGGUCGUCGCAGGAGGAGCAGGAGCAGGUGCAGACGGUGCGGCGGGCGGGCUCAACCGCGAGCAGAGCCUCGCGGGGACGUUCGGCGUCGGCGGCGCGGCGGGAGCGGGCGAGGGCAUCGACGCCUGGUUCGCCGUCGAGCCCGAGGGCGCCAUCCAGCUGCACCUCAACUUCGUCAAGUCGAACGUCCGCAAGCGACCCUACGACGCCGGCGGCCUCGGCCGUCAGGGCGCCGUCCGCAAGCGCAAGGACUCGAUCCACGAGCAGAACGGCCACAAGUUCGUCACCAAGCAGUUCUACACGGUCGUCCUGUGCGCCCUGUGCGGCGAGUUCCUCCUGAAAGGCGCCGGCAUGCAGUGCGAGGACUGCAAGUACGCCUGCCACGGCAAGUGCUACCAGAAGGUCGUCACCAAGUGCAUCUCGAAGAGCAACACGGACUCGGACAAGGACGAGGAGACGAUCAACCACCGCAUCCCUCACCGCUUCGAGCCGAUCACCAACAUCUCGCCCAACUGGUGCUGCCACUGUGGCCUCGUCCUCCCGCUCGGCCGCAAGCAGGCGCGCAAGUGCACCGAAUGCGGCGUGACGGCGCACACCGACUGCAUGCACCUCGUGCCCGACUUUUGCGGCAUGUCGAUGGAAACGGCCAACAAGCUCCUCGCCGACAUCAAGUCGAUCAACAGCAGCCGUCGCGCCGGCGCGACUCGCCAGACGGCUCGCCCGCUCCCGCCGUCCCAGUCGCAGACGCAGCUAUCGACGCCGCAGGACGCCUACGCCGCCCGGCCGCACCCGGGCCCGAAGCAGGACCAGCUCUCGAGCGACGUCGGCCGGCUCAACCUCGUCGGCGCGCAGGAGCAGCAGGCGCCGUACUCGUCGUCGGCCCCGGUCCAGCGCGUACCUGUGCCUCAGCUCGACCCGUACGGCCAGCCGCAGCAGCAGCAGCAGCAGCAGCAGCAGGGCGCGCCGCAAGUUCCGCCGCCGCCCCGUCACUCGUCGGCCUCGACCGUCUCGUCGUUCGGCAACGACGCUCGCGACUCGAUCGGGUCCCUCAUCGGCGGCUACACGAGCGACGGCACCGGGCGCCAGGCCCCGCCGACGUCGCAGCAGCCGCCGACGUUCCAGCCGUACAAGCCGGCGCCGCAGCCGCAGUCGGCGUACCAGCAGGGCGCUCCUCCUGUCCUCCAGCACCCGGUACCGCCGCAGCAGCAGCCUUCGUCGGCACCGUCGAGCCACCAGCCAUACAUGCAGCAGCUCGUCACGCCCGUCCCUCCUCGGUUCCAGCCGCAGCAGCCGGCACCGCCUCCCGCCCACCAGCAGUACGCCUCGCCCUCGCCAUCUCGCCUCCCGCCUCAGCAGCAGCAGCAGUCGUACCCGUCGCAGGGUUACGCCCACCCGCAGGCGCCGGCGCCUCAGCAGCCGGUCGCGCCGGCGCCCGUCCCGCCUCAGCAGCCGCAGCUCGCGCCGCCGGUCGGUCACGCGCCGCCGCCAGUCGUCCAGCAGCAGCCGCCACCGCCUCAGCAGCAGCAGCAGCAGCAGCUCGUCUCGUCGCCGCAAAAGCAGGUCGCAGCUCCGUCGCCGGCGCCCGCACGGCAGCGCAAGGUCGGGCUCGACGACUUCAACUUCCUCGCCGUUUUGGGCAAGGGCAACUUUGGCAAGGUCAUGCUCGCCGAGGAGAAGACGACGGCGCAGCUGUACGCCAUCAAGGUCCUCAAGAAGGAGUUCAUCGUCGAGAACGACGAGGUCGAGUCGACCAAGUCGGAGAAGCGCGUCUUCCUCGCCGCCGCGCGCGAGCGGCACCCGUUCCUCCUCGGCCUGCACUCGUGCUUCCAGACCGAGACGCGCAUCUACUUUGUCAUGGAGUACGUGUCGGGCGGCGACCUGAUGCUGCACAUCCAGCGCGAGCAGUUCACGCCGCGCCGCGCCAAGUUUUACGCCGCCGAGGUCCUCCUCGCCCUCGAGUACUUCCACAAGAACGGCAUCGUGUACCGCGACCUCAAGCUCGACAACAUCCUGCUCACGCUCGACGGGCACGUCAAGGUGGCCGACUACGGCCUGUGCAAGGAGGACAUGUGGUUCGGCAAGACGACGUCGACGUUCUGCGGCACGCCCGAGUUUAUGGCGCCCGAGAUCAUCCUCGAGCAGCGGUACGGGCGCAUGGUCGACUGGUGGGCGUUCGGCGUCCUCAUCUACGAGAUGCUCCUCGGCCAGUCGCCGUUCCGAGGCGACGACGAGGACGAGAUCUUUGACGCCAUCCUCGAGGACGAGCCGCUGUACCCGAUCCACAUGCCUCGCGAUAGCGUGUCGAUCCUGACAAGGCUCCUCACCAAGGACCCGGCCCGCCGACUCGGCGCGAGCGAGGCCGACGCCGCCGAGAUCAAGUCGCACCUGUUCUUCAAGGACACCAACUGGGACGACGUCUUCCACAAGCGCAUCCCGAGUCCGUUCUACCCGGCCAUCUCGUCGGCCACCGACACGUCCAACUUUGACAAAGAGUUCACGAGCGAGCAGCCGACGCUCACGCCCGUCCACUCGACCCUGUCGGCCAAGGACCAGCAAGAGUUUGCCGCCUUUGACUGGAGCGCGUCGUGGGCAUAAGCCUCGCUUCGACCCGGCGGCGGUGACGACAAGAGGGAGAGGGGCAGUCAUUCUCUGUGUGCAACGACGAUUGACGAUUCACGAC